UAGGUAAUGUGCAUUACCGGUAGGUAGGGCUUUUUCACUGAUUUGAACUACUGGUUUCAUUUGACUAGGUAACCUACCAAGUUAGUAUCGAUAUCAUAAUGCUUAAUAUUAUAAAUCAACAAUAGAAAUUAGUAAGCAAGUAUUUUCUGAUGUGAACUUGCCUGGGGGCCUAGCCAAGAUGGUAAUAGUACACCAACAAACGCCGAACGAUAACAAAAACUGUAUCGGGCCGAGAUGACAGUUGCUACGAAAACUCACGUGACUAAUUUCCAGGAUACACUAUUUAAUUUUCGAUUGGCGUUUUCUAUCAACGAUUGUCACUUGACUAGGCCCCCUGGAUAGCGUAAGAUAGUCAAUAACGAACUAUUCAGGCCUGGGUGCCUAGCCAACUUUCCAAUCGUUUACGCUCCGUAACGUAGCGUAAUCUCUCUCUAUAACUCGUCCGUGAAUCCGUGAUAGUGCGACAGAAACAGUUGCGUUUCGUUCGCUACGGAGCGUAAACGAUUGUCACGUUGGCUAGCCACCCAGUUCUACUAAUAGGUAGGUAUGUUUCAUAUGUGUUUGCCAUCGGGUUGUGGUAAAAUUUUUAUACCUUGGUACUCAAAAAAGAAAAAAUUCGUGGAGUGGAAUAAACCUACUCAAAAUUCUUAAUUGCCUACCAAUUCCAUAAGUUGUGAGUUCAAGAGACCCUAAAACAAUGCAAACACGUGCAAGUCAUAAAAUUUAAAUAGUGAUACUUCUCCCAUUCCUACCUGCUGCGCCCGCCAUCGGCGCUCCUCCAUUGUCUUUCGCUAAGUACUUGCACAUGUGCGAGAUUCUAAAUGUUUCAAUACAAUUUCUCAAGUUGAAACACAAAUGUAAAGUGUCCAUUACUACGAAAUGGGAUUUUUGACAGAUGUUUCCAAAACUAAUGAGGGGCUUUCAAAUUUUAUUGUGUUGAACAAAAUAUUUUAACUUGUUUAAAUACGUUAGGUAACGUAACUAAAUUAUUUUGGACAUGAGUCAAAAAAUGCUUAUCUAUCAUCAUAUUGGCAUUUUGGUGUCUAUUAUUCAGGUAUACACGUCUGCCAUUAAGGCACAGGAUUGAGGGCCUACUUCAAAGACGGGCAUGAAAUUCUAAGUGAGACUUACACAUUAUUCGCAAGUACUAGUACCUGAUACUUUUCUAGUAUCAUUUGAUAAAUUUCUGAAUAAAAUUUUGAACAAUGGGAAGCAUUAUGAUGAUAUUACAAUUAUUGGUUAUAAUGUUUGCAAGAUAUACUAAAAAACUGGACCUAUUAGUAAUACAAAUGUAUAGCUAUAGUAUAGGUAGUAAAUAUUCGUCUGUAGGAUAUAAACGCGUACAUUUUGUAUAAGUAGAUACUACAAUAGCAUCCAAAUCAUUAACAACGAAAUUGUAAUGUUACGCAAAAAACUCCCAAAACAUGGGCUUACACGGGCUUAAUAAAAACACUCUAAAUGAAAAUCGUUAUUCGGGCAUUUGGAGCGGCGUCCAUAACGAACCGGCCUCAACAAUGGGCUUAACGCGCGCACUCAUUACAAAAAGCGACAUAACAUAACGCUGCGUCGAAAGCUCUUUUCACAAAGUAUACUCCAGGUUUUUUUUGUUGGGAAGGCUUUAGUCAAUCGCCGCGAUUGGUCGGGACUCGCCCCGCCCAGUCGGGCGCGAGCGCGGAUUGGCGGGGGUCAGUAGAGCACCCUCGACGCUGAGUAGGCUGUCGAGGCACGAGGGCGGCGCGGGGUGUUCUUCACCCCGAGGGCCACUCGAGGGUUGUUCAGUGUGAGCGCGGCGUCGAAGGGCGCAGCACGUGUCACGCGAGUGUUUUGUGAAGGCUUCACCAUUAUCCCGAAGGCAAGCUCUCCCGGUCGGGAGAUGAAGUGCGAGGAAGGCGAGCGGUCGCCGCCGUUGCUGCCGCCGGCGUCGCUGCUGGCGUGGAGCCCCAUUCUGCUGCCGCCGUGGGCGCCGGCCUUCCUGCCGGCGCUCUACCCGGCGGCCUUCCGAUCUGCGUUCCCAGGCCUCCUGGACAGCAUGAAGAUGCCCGGCCAGCGGCCUGGGUUCCAGAUUUCGGAUAUUCUUGGACUGAACGAGGGCAAGUUGGAGCCCCCUCAGGGCGCUUGUCCAGUAGAGCUGCCCCCGUAUCCGUCGCAUCACUACCCCCCGGAGCUGUUGCGGCACCACCAGCCAUGGCUGUCGUUGGAUCACCAUGAUAACACUGGCGUUCUCGGCCAACAAGCCAGCCCUGACAGCACGUCCCGCGCCUCCGAGCUCUCGUAUGUGGGCCCGUCGGCCUCCUCGCCGCCCGUGCCGGACCCACGCGACGACGACGAUGACCACGACGUCGAGCCCGACGACGACGACCACGAGCACGACUCCAUUAACAACAACACCGACCCCAGCAUGGUGCACAAAAAACGCAAGCGACGGGUACUCUUCUCUAAAGCGCAGACCUAUGAACUAGAAAGGCGAUUCCGCCAGCAGCGAUACUUAUCAGCACCCGAGCGCGAGCAUCUCGCUAGCCUGAUCCGCCUGACCCCUACGCAGGUUAAAAUCUGGUUCCAGAAUCACAGGUACAAGACGAAACGCGCAGUCCAAGAAAAAGGAGCACACGAGCUUAAUGUUGGAGGCUUGAGCUCACCGCGGCGAGUCGCCGUUCCGGUACUAGUGAAGGAUGGAAGGCCUUGCUUGAGCAAACCGGAGCUGCCACCUCUGGGCAUGGGGCUGCCCCCGUACCAGCCGCUGCACCACCAGCCGCCCGUGUCCGCGCACGGCCCGCAGCCCGCGCCCUGCUGGUGGUAACCCACCAACCCCUCCACAGUGUUUACUAGUCCUAACGUCGUUGUUUGCAACACGCAAACUCAGUCGACGAAGUUUCUAACAAAAUUAGGAGUUUGGAACUUGUUAAAUUAACAAUUAAACUCGAAUAGUAUCUAAAUUAAAUUAAAGUAAGACCUACUAUUUAAUAAUCGGCAUAUAAGGUAUCUGGAGUUCCUACUUAUUUAUAUUUAGAUAUUCUGAAGUCUUCAGUAGGUAAUCUAAAAUUCUGUAUCAAGUAAAUUAUUAUUGGCAGACGUCGAAUAGCUGUUUGGAGUAGGCCUUAACUAAGUGAUUGAGAACAUUCCAUCUUUAGAAGUGUGUAUAUUUAUGUAUAAAGCCUUUGACAAGUAUUAGAUUAAUAUUAUGAGAAAUGACCAGAUUUUAUCAGAAUGCAAUAUUUAGUUUUAAGGUUCAGUAUUAUUAUAGUCCUGUAUAGUGAGUAAUUAUUUAUAUUUCAAAUAAACAACUGUUAUUUUACGUAACUACAUACAUUUUUAUGUAGUUUAGGAGUUGUAAGUUGUACAUAUAUUGUAUAUAACAGAAAAUGUAUCCAGUUACGCAAAUAAAUACCAACAGAUCCGUAUCAGUCAGUCUGCAUCACUGCUGUCCUAUCUUAUCUCGCCAGCCACAUUACAUAGCGAGCUAAACCUGUGUCCAUAUUUGUCCCAUACAUCGUGCGGUGUCACGCACUGCUCCAUUCUUAGUUCUGUGUGAAUUUAAAAUAAGCUAAUGGAAAUGUGUUACAUGAACAUGAUAAAUAAAUUAUUAUCAAAAAAUAAAUAAAUGAUUGAAAAAUAUAA